AUGAGGAGGUCGUCACUUAACUCUCUUGCUGCAGCAGCAGCAGCAGCAGCAGCAACAGCUGCAGCAGCUGCAGCAGCAGCAGCAGCAGCUGCAGCAGCAGCAGCAACAACUGCAGCAGCAGCAACCGCAGCAGCAGCAACAACUGCAGCAGCAGCAACAGCUGCAGCAGCAGCAACUGCAGCAGCAGGAGAACUAGUGACGUUUUGUUUUUAA